GGGGGGGGGAGACACACAUCCCGGAUGCAUCGGCAACACAGCGGCGGAGGAAGCGACUGCUGCCCGCAGUUGUUAGUGACAAUGUAGCCUUAGAGAGACCGAGCAAACCAGCAAAAGUAGCGCGUGUUGUUAUUCAGCCGUUCCGUGGUAAAAUGUUUUGGUGACCGGAAAAAGAAGACCCGGGCAGGAAGCGAAGUGUGUUCCAUGGAGGCUGAUAUCUGCCGGGUUGGGCUCCACUUCACCCCGGCUAGCUCCACUUAGCAUCUUAGCCGCCUUCCAAUGGCUCCCAGUCCCCGGUUAAGCAGAUCCUAGGCCGGGGGAAAAAGGGCGUGUAACGCGAGCGGAUAACGGGGUCGGUUUAGCUGGUUACCGCCCCGCCUUUCCUCGCUCUGCGCCCGGGCAACAUUUCACUGUUUAUUCCGCCGUUAUUGUCGUUGAUCAGCAUGGGGAACGCACCGUCCUGCUGCGUGGCGUCCAGCCCCAAACACCGGCGGAACAACCACUCCAGGCUGGAGACGUACCGGCCGGAGCCCGAGCUGAGCCGGGAGGACACGGGCUGUAACCUCCAGCACAUCAGCGACAGAGAGAAUUUGGACGACCUGCCAAUGGAGUACAAUCCCUCGGACCAUCCUCGGGCCAGCACAAUCUUCCUCAGCAAGUCUCAGACUGAUGUUGCUGUGCACAACAAGCGAGUUCGAGAAAAGAGGAAGAGCCUUUACAUCAAUCAUUUCACACACAUUUCGGAAAACAAGCAUCACCGGGGCCCGUUGAGAAGAAAGUACAGCUCGUGUUCCACCAUAUUCCUGGACGAAAGCACCGUCAGUCAGCCCAACCUCAAAUACACCAUUAAAUGCGUAGCGCUGGCAAUAUUCUAUCACAUACGAAACCGAGAGGUGGAUGGAAGGAUGACGUUAGACAUUUUUGAUGAGAAGCUGCAUCCUCUAUCGAAGUCUGAAGUUCCUCCGGACUACGACAAGCACGACCCCGAGCAGAAGCAGAUUUACCGCUUCGUACGGACGCUCUUCAGUGCGGCACAGCUCACGGCCGAGUGUGCCAUCGUCACAUUGGUGUAUUUGGAGAGGCUCCUGACCUACGCCGAGAUCGACAUCGGCCCGGCCAACUGGAAGCGUAUCGUGCUCGGAGCCAUUCUCCUGGCGUCCAAAGUCUGGGACGACCAGGCGGUGUGGAACGUCGACUACUGCCAAAUUCUCAAGGAUAUCACUGUGGAAGACAUGAACGAGCUGGAGCGGCAGUUUCUGGAACUGCUGCAGUUCAACAUCAACGUGCCGUCCAGCGUCUACGCAAAGUAUUACUUUGACCUGCGUUCUAUGGCCGAGGCCAACAACCUCAGCUUCCCUCUGGAGCCCCUCAGCAGGGACAAGGCCCAGAAGCUGGAGGCUAUCUCAAGGUUGUGCGACGACAAGUUCAAGGACCUGAAGAAGCUGGCCAAGAGGCGAUCGGCGAGCGCAGACCACCUGGCAGGCCUGCGCUGGUGUCCCGCCAUCCUCUCCUAGUGGCGGCCGGGACAGGAAGCGGAGGACCCAAGGCAGGCAGGUGUCCGACACAAUGCCCGCACCUGGCACACCUCUCUGGUGGUUGUAGAUAGAGGGGGGGCCGCACUGCACUGAACCAGACCCCACCAGGUGUGUGACUCAACGAGAUGAAGGCUCGCUGAAGCAAAAUGGAAAUACCACGCGUCGAAAUAGCGCCACGGCUACCUUCCUCCUCCGGUUCUUACUUUACAGACACCUUUUCGAUUCCCCCUUCCCAGUUCACCCACACAUUCCACGAUCGGACACGUUCAGCUAACGGCCUUAUAUUCCAUUCCUGCUCAGUGAGCCAAAGAGAAUCAGUGUUGAAACUUCCAAGUGUCUGAGACACUUCUAGCAAUACUCGGCCCGCUCGGGCGGAGAAGAAGCAUGCGUUCUACUUUCUCUUCUAAAACCACUGGAGACACUAACAACUUUUUACCCUCACUACCUUUUUUUUUUUGGUUUGUUUUCUACGAUCCUUCCCGCAGCACAAGUGACAGAAGCCACUCUUCAGGUUAGUUUUAUGUUCUGAAAAUGUGACAUUUCUAUAACACUGCUCACACACAGAUUGUAUACCUUUUUGCUAAUGUGUCUGUACGGUGGAGAUCCAGUGCCAGUGUGCAACAGUAUUUAUAUUACUUUCUACUCUACACCAGGUUUCAAUGGGCGCUUGUACCCCCCAAAAAAACUCCCCACCCACCUCAUUUUGUUGUAACAAAGUUUUGUAACGACUGAAAAGUCGCCAUCUCGCUACAGUGCAUCGAUUUAGGCUGACGUGAUUCUAUUUUUUUAGAGCCAGUCCGUGAACAUUGUUCUAUAUUCUAUUGACAGUAAUCGAACAGGCGGACAAAGUAACAUCCGCCAAGUGAAACUUCACUGUGUGGCAUUGUAAUGUACAUUACAUUUAUAGCUAAUUAAAAAGAUUGUUUUAACAAAA